ACACCGGCACCAGACACCAGUGAAGCAUUGGAGACAACCUUAAAGUUGAAAGACAAGCGAAUCGUAAAAGAUGUCAGUGGUGGGAUUUGACUUGGGAUAUCAAAGCUGCUAUGUUGCUGUUGCACGAGCUGGAGGAAUUGAAACAGUCGCUAACGAGUACAGUGACAGAUGUACACCGUCAUUUGUAUCAUUUGGGCCACGAAAUAGAUCUAUUGGAGCUUCUGCAAAAAGUCAGGCAGUGACCAACUAUAAAAACACAGUUCAGGGCUUCAAGCGCUUCCAUGGCAGGGCCUUCUCAGACCCCUACGUUCAGUCAGCCAAGUCCAACUUGGUAUAUGACGUGGCGCAGAUGCCCUCUGGAUCCACUGGUUUAAAAGUGAUGUACAUGGAGGAAGAGAAGGUUUACGGCGUUGAGCAGGUGACGGCUAUGCUGCUCACCAAACUGAAGGAGACUGCAGAGAGCGCGCUGAAGAAGCAGGUCAUUGACUGUGUCAUCUCUGUCCCCAGCUAUUUUACCGACGCAGAGAGGAGGUCUGUGAUGGACGCCGCUCAGAUUGCCGGCCUGAACUGUCUACGACUGAUGAACGACACGACCGCAGUGACUCUGGCUUACGGGAUCUACAAGCAGGACCUGCCAGCUCCAGAGGAGAAGCCCAGGACAGUGGUGUUUGUGGAUUUGGGCCACUCCGGUUACCAGGUGUCAGUUUGUGCCUUCAACAAAGGAAAGCUCAAAAUCCUGGCGACGGCGUUUGAUUCUGACCUGGGCGGGAAAGACUUUGACGACAUCCUGGCGAACCACUUCUGUGAAGAGUUUGCAAAGAAGUACAAGCUGGAUGUGAGGUCCAAGCCUCGGGCGUUGGUGCGUCUCUACCAAGAGUGUGAGAAGCUGAAGAAGCUGAUGAGUGCCAACUCCUCCGAUCUGCCCCUCAACAUCGAAUGCUUCAUGAACGACAUCGACGUUUCCAGCAAACUGAACAGAGGUCAGUUUGAGGAGAUGUGUGCCGGACUGUUGGCCAAAGUUGAGGGUCCUCUGCGCAGCGUCAUGGAGCAAACCAAGUUAAAAAAGGAAGACAUCUAUGCUGUUGAGAUAGUGGGAGGGGCUUCUAGGAUCCCUGCCAUCAAAGAGCGAAUCGGUAAAUUCUUUGGCAAAGAGCUGAGCACCACCCUAAACGCAGACGAGGCCGUGGCCAGGGGCUGUGCCCUGCAGUGCGCGAUAUUGUCACCAGCUUUCAAAGUAAGAGAGUUCUCUAUCACAGACGUCGUGCCAUUCUCCAUUUCCCUAAAGUGGAAUUCAGCGGCCGAUGACGGCCUGAGCGAUUGUGAGGUCUUCCCAAAGAACCACGCAGCUCCGUUCUCAAAGGUGCUGACCUUCUACCGCAGCGAGCCCUUCACCCUCGAGGCUUAUUACAACAAUGCCAAAGAGUUACCCUGCCCAGAUACUAAUAUAGGCCAGUUUUUGAUCCAAAAUGUGGUCCCGCAGGCGACAGGCGAGAGCGCCAAGGUGAAGGUGAAGGUGCGCGUCAACAUUCACGGCGUUUUUAGCGUGUCGAGCGCAUCACUGGUUGAGGUCGUGAAAGCGGUCGAAGGGGAGGAGCCGAUGGAAACGGACCAAAUAGUGAAAGAAGAUGAGAGCAAAAUCCAAGAGGACCAGGAGGAUCAGAAACUCCAGACUGGAGACAAGAAAACAGAAGUCGAGGAAAUGGAGACAUCGACUGAAGAUGGCAAACAGGAGAAGAAGAACGACCAGCCCCCUCAGGCCAAGAAGGCCAAAGUGAAAACGAAGACGGUGGAUCUGCCCAUCCAGAGCAAAGUGCAAUGGCAGCUCUCCAGUCAGGAGCUGAACACUUUUCUGGAGAAUGAGGGAAAGAUGAUCAUGCAGGACAAACUUGAGAAGGAAAGGAACGACGCAAAGAAUAAUGUUGAAGAGUAUGUUUACGAGAUGAGGGACAAGCUGCACGGAGUCCUGGAGAAGUUUGUGAAUGAAGCUGAGCGAGACGCCUUCUCAUUAAAGCUUGAGGACACAGAGAACUGGCUGUAUGAAGAAGGAGAGGACCAGCAGAAGCAAGUUUACAUCGACAAACUUGCUGAACUGAAGAAAAUUGGUCAGCCCAUUUACAGCCGAUACAUGGAGGCUGAGGAGAGGCCGAAAGCGUUUGAGGAGCUGGGCAGACGGAUCCAGAUGUACAUGAAGAUUGUUGAAGCCUACAAAGCUAAGGAGGAGCAGUAUGAUCACCUGGAUGAGAUGGAGGUGACCCAGGUGGAUAAGCAGGUCAGCGAAGCCAUGAUCUGGAUGAACAGCAAACUGAACCAGCAGAAGAGUCACGACCUGGCGUUGGACCCAGUGGUCAAAGUUGGAGAGAUUCAGGCGAAAGCGAAGGAGCUUUAUUCCUCCUGCAAUCCUGUGGUGUCAAAACCCAAGCCCAAGGUGGAGCCUCCAAAAGAAGAGAAGACCGAGAACGGGCCGGUGAACGGGCUGAGCCCCGAGACGGCAGAGACGGAACCGAGCAGCCCGACCAAAGCGACACCAGCUGGCUCAAAACAGGAAACGACAGAAAGCAAGCUCCCAGAAAUGGACAUUGACUAACUCUGGCUGCUGCCAACAGCUGUAGUUCCUCUGAGGUCACCUUUGAUGACAGUGUAGCAGACAGCAGCGUCCUCAUUCUGCUCAUCAGUCAGCCUCCACACCACGAGGUUUUUUAACCUUUGAAUACAAAACAAUUCAUAAUAAAUAUAAACGAUCGGAAAAAGGACGACACAACCAUCUGUUUUGAAUGAAGCUCCUUCCUCCGUGUUGCUUUGAUGCUGUUCUUUUCCAGAGAUUGUUGCACAUUGAGUCUUAGAAUGUUUCUGCAGUUCAGAGUUCAACACUUCCAGAAGUAUGUAAAAUAUUCUGUAUCUGAAUGAGAAAUAAGGCAGGGGUUGUUUUCAGUUCUGAAUGUUAUUAAGAAAACCUUUUUGUUCUGUAUAUUGAAGUUAGAAGCUACAUGUUACUGUCAUGCAGUAUUUUAUUUUAUUGUUUUUCUCUUCCAAAAAACAUUUGUCUGCAGUUUUGGUGGAUUAUUUUUUUUUUUUUUUUUUUUUCUACUGGGGUGAGUGCUGGUCCAACUAAUAACCUUUUGGGUGCAUCUGGUGUUGUUGCAGCAUCAACGGCAAAAAAACCAAACUUUACUCAAAGAACGAAAUAAACUGACUUUACUUUGA